AUACACACUACCCACAGAGUCGGAGACCGUGAUGGCUUCCCAUCGGAGGGUCCAAAAGCCUUCCCACAGCCCUUUCAAAUGUUAUAAAGCGAGCGGUAUGGACUCUCCGUGGCUGCGGGUACCCAUCCUUUGCUUUGACUCCCGAGACAAGUCCUCGUUGAUUAAGAAGUAUCAUGAUACCUGUGACCCAGGGGCUCUUGUACCUGCCUGUCCUGUGCGUGGGUCUACUGGUGGCGAGAGCGACGAGACGUUGGAUUAAACAGACUCCUCUUCACAAAAUUCCGGGGCCGCCGAGUGCGUCGUUCAUAAAUGGCAAUCUCAAAGAACUUCUCGACGUAAACCACGGCUGGUCCUUCCAUUCCAGCAUUAUCCAAACAUACGGGAGAAUCAUCAGGAUCUGGGGGUAUCUCGGCGAUACCCAGCUAUAUAUCAGUGACCCAAAGGCACUGUACAAUAUCUUGAUCAAAGACCAGUAUAUCUUUGAAGAAACCGCUUUCUUCCUCAAAUCCAACCAACUGUUCUUUGGGCCGAGCUUGACCGCGACCAUGGGUGACCAUCAUCGCCGGCAGCGCAAGCUACUCAACCCCGUAUUUUCCGUGAACCACAUGCGCUACAUGACUCCUAUCUUCUACAGGGUCACUCAUCAGCUUUCCGAUAUCGUCAAGACCAAAAUCUCCGGCGGCUCCCAAGAGCUGGACAUGAUGGAAUGGAUGAGUCGCCUGGCGCUCGAAUUAGUUGGCCAAGGCGGUCUAGGAUAUUCCUUCAACGCUCUCGAUGAGAAUGUUAGGAACGAGUAUGCUGAAGCAGUCAGGGAAUUCUCGCCGACACUCGCGAAAUUGCAGCCCUAUGGACAAUUCCUGCCGUGGGCGGCGCGAGUUGGUCCAUCCUGGCUCCGCAGGUGGCUGGCGAAGACCGUCCCAUGGGAAGACCUGAAUAGGAUGGUAAACAUUAUCGAUGUCAUGGAAAAGACCUCGACAAAUAUUCUGGACGCAAAGAAGAGGGCGUUUGAGAAGGGAGACGAGGCGGUUCUGCAUCAGGUUGCGGAAGGGAAAGAUAUCAUGUCCGUCCUUUUGCAAGCCAAUAUGUCUGCUUCAGAAGAUACGAGGCUUCCUGACUCAGAAAUUUUGGCACAAAUGUCGCUCCUGAUAUUUGCAGGGAUGGAUACCACCUCUUCUGCUCUAGCUCGCCUCCUGCACCUUCUUUCAGAGCACCAGAACGUACAAGACAGACUACGUGAGGAGGUGAUGAACGCUUACAAGUCCUCCGAAUCCGGUGACUUAGACUACGAUACGUUGCAUGAGCUGCCGUAUCUAGAGGCUGUCUGCCGCGAGACACUUCGCCUACACUCUCCUGUUGCCACCAUGACUCGCACCGCUCGAAAGGACAUAAUGGUACCACUCGACGUCCCAACCACAGUCGGAAACUCACCAGUCUCCGAAAUAUUCAUUCCCGAGGAUACCACAGUUUUCAUCGGUAUGCGGGCUAUUAACACAGACCCACUGAUUUGGGGUCCUGACGCAAACGAGUGGAAACCUGAACGGUUCUUGAAUCCACUGCCGGAAAGCGUGACAGAUGCGAGAGUGCCGGGUGUCUAUGCGAACUUGUUGACGUUCUUGGGUGGCGGGAGGGCAUGCAUCGGCUUUAAGUUUUCUCAAAUGGAGAUGAAGAUUGUUCUUUCCCUUCUCAUAUCGACGUUCAAGUUCACUCCCUCGAAGACUCGACCGAUCUCAUGGAAGCUGCACGGGGUGUCCAUGCCCAUGCAAGAUGGCAUCCCUACGCCCUCUCUGCCGCUUGUGGUCUCUUUGGUGGAGGAUGAUGGGAGGAUUUAA